UCGUACUUGUAAUAUGUGUUUUAUUUGAUAUACAUUGUCUAGAGUCCCCUUCUUUAACGUAUCAAACAUUUUGUAUCGUUUCUUUGUUCUCUUUAAUUCGAUACCGUUUAUAAAAGCCAUUUCCAUUGUUAUUACAAUUUACCCAAAACCAUUCCGCUAAAUAAAAAAACCAAACAGGGUAUUUUCUCUAGAAAUAGGUGGAAGUGAAAAUUUGCUUCUGACAAUUUUCAUUUCUGAGCCUCCGGCAAUUUCAAAGCCACUCUGAAAUUCACCUCGCUAAUUCCCAAUUUACUGAAAUAGAUUGCUUUGUUUUUGUAUUUCAUUUGAUAUUUACCAAGAACAAACAUCACAAUUGAAAUACCAACAAAAGGUGAAGGAAAAUAUCAUCAGGGUUAUUGGAUCCCAGUACUAUCAUCCUUGAAUUUAAAAGCAAGCAACUUUUGAAUUAAAGAGGUUGACACACUUUUUUUAUUUUUAUUCAGCUUGCUGUGUCGAUUGUAGGAAGUUUAUUGUACAAUUUCCUCUUUUCGCUUGUUUUUCAUUUUCAAAGGAUUCCUUUACUUUCUUUUACCUUGGUUUUUUAAUUAAACAACUUGCAAAGAAAUACGUGAGUGUAUUUAAUCAAGCUUAGCUCUUGUGGUAAAUCGUCCUGAAUUUGACAAAUACAUUUUGACACGAUCUUUUUUUUUUUAAUACUAGUAUUUACAAAACUUAUUGAAGAUCUUUUCUACUUAUUGUUAGUCUUUACGAUGUUUUUUACCAAACGUACAAGUUUUUGGAAUCAAAUCCAACAAACUAUAAAUAACGAAAACUCCCAAGAGAAGUUUGAUAAAUAUUCAAUCCUAGUUUCUUUAGCAUUUACCUGUUUGUUUGCGACCCUACUUUUAACGCUCUUUGUGUGCCUUCGAAGAACUUUCCGUUAUGUUUAUUCCCCCAGAGAGAAAUAUGCAAAGCGCGAUACCAGUAUUCCUCCCUUGAAGACAAGUCUUUUCGGAUGGAUAGAACCUCUCUGGAGCGUUAGAGUUGAAGAUUGUCUUUAUGAUAUUGGCGCAGAUGCCACGAUCUUUCUUUUGUUUUCUCGAUUUUGCAGAGAUCUCUUUGGUGUCUUGGCUCUCUUUUGUUGUGUCAUUUUGAUACCAAUCAAUGUUAUUGCUUCGGACAAAUCAGGUAGCACUUCCAAUUCAACGAACGCGUAUGCAAAGUUGUCUUUCCAAAAUGUUUCAGGUAAAUGGACAGUCGCACACAUCGUACUCGGGUACUUUAUGAACGGUGUUGUUUUAACCUUCUUAUUCAGGUACUAUCGCGUAGUAACCCGAAUUCAACAGCGCUACUACAGAAGUUCCGCUUAUCAGAACAAUAUUAGUACCCGUUCUCUGUUGGUGGCUGAUAUUCCUUCUUCACUUCGGUCAGUAAAAGGUUUAGGGGCUAUUGCUGCUCAUUUGAAGAAGAGUGAUACACCGAUCUAUUAUCACAUCUGUCAUGCCAUCAACAAUCUUCCCAGUCUUGUUAAGAAAUACAACAAGGCUGUGUAUGGUCUUGAAGCAGCCUUUGCAAAGUAUUUUAAGGAUCCUAAACAGUUACCGGAAGUGCGUCCAGUGCAUACGGUAAAGCAUGGAUUGUUUAACUACGAAAAGAUAGAUGCGAUCGACUAUUACAAUUCAAAGAUCGAAAAUUAUGCCCUUCGAGUGAAUAUUGCUCGCGAGUCCCUUGAAGAAAAUAAAUAUGAGCAAUAUGGGUUCUUAACCUAUAACUCUUCGUUCACUUCUCAUCAGAUUGCUAAAACGAACUCGAGGGCGCUUGGGGCAGCAAUCCAUAGAUGUCCUCAGCCCGAGGACAUGAUGUGGGAUAAUCUGUCGCUUCCUAGGAGCAGUCGGAUGUUCAAUCGAAUUAUGGGAAAUUUGCUUUUUAUUGCAUUACUUGUUGCCUGGAUCCCAGAAAACGCCCUUUUUGCUAUUUUCAUAGCAAAUCUUUGGAACCUGGGUAAUGUAUGGCCUUGGUUUGCACAUCAGCUCAAUGUUCAUUCCGGAUUCUGGUCAGUCGUCCAGGGUAUUAUCAGUCCUGCAUUAACCUCAUUGCUCUUUACGGUAUUGGAGAUUGUACUUCGUAGAAUUUCAUCUUUCCAGGGUAGUUUGACUAAAAGUGCGAGAGAAAGGGGUGUAUUGAAUAAGUUGCAUGUUAUUUUUACCUUUGAUAACUUCAUUAUUUAUACCGUUCUUUCUGUUAUUUGGAGAGUUAUUGCUCUUAUUAUAGCUAAAACAGAGCAAAAAGGAAAUUUUGCCGAGGGUUUGACGAUCUUCAAAACGUCUGAACCGGUACCUUGGUUAGUAACCGCCUUCGUUGGGUUCUCUUCGUUUUGGAUUAUGUAUAUUGCUCAUUCCUUUACGUCUUUCUUAUUUCAAAUGGCCCAACCAAUCAGUCUAACUAUUCGUAUAAUAAAGAAAAGAUUUUUUUCGCCAACUCCACGUGACAUGUUUGAAUGGACUUCUCCUCAGAAAUUUAUUUACAGCAGUUCUAUAAACAAGGUUCUCUUUUUCUUUACCGUCGCAAUCUGUUAUGCCUGCGUAAGUCCUUUGGUAUUGUUGUUUGCUUUAGCAGCAUUCUGCUCAAAUUACAUGUCGCAAAAGUAUAACUUGAUGUACAUUUCUGAAACUUCAGCAGAAAGCGGAGGUCGAUUUUGGAGACCAGUAGUGAAUAGAAUCCUCUUUGGGCUUGAGUUGGCGAACGUUAUUUUGUUUUUGUGCAUCUGGGCUCGUGGUGGUCUUAUACGUGCAUUCUGUCUGAUUCCGACGUUCGCCUUUGUAAUAUUUUUCAAGGUUUUCUGUGCAAUAUGGUUAGACCCCAAGGCACACUUCAUGAUUGAGGAUCCUUACUCUUCCGUCGAGGACAGUCUUAAUCACGUGGAGAGUGAAAUGUGCUUCGGUCAUCCUUCGACAUAUACUCCAUUAUUGAUGCCCUUGGUUAGAGAAGACGCACGUUCUUUGCUUCACUUGGUUUACUCUGGAAAGACAGAAGUUGUUGGUAAAACAAAGAACGAAGUAUCUUCUGAAGACGAUUCUGAUGCAGAAUUGGCCGAAGAUGAAAAUAAAUUGGCAAUGGUUGACUACGUUGACUUGAACAACAUGGAUACUGCCAAGGAGCAAUUUGAACGACGUCAAUCGAAGAUGUUGAAUAAGAGUCUUUCCAGAUCUUACACGAGACAUCACGGCCAUAAGCCCGCAGUUGUGAAUCCAAUGAUGACUGAAGAAGACUUGACGUUAGGACAGACUUUAACCCAGGUAUCGGACUCAACGGCUUUGGAACCCGUUAUGACAACAAGUACAUUCGCUGUUCCUAUGAACAGCAAUGGUUUUGAUAAAAACCAAAAGAUUUAAUCAAACUUUGGCUGUUAAACGAUGAGCUUUUUGGGUUUGCUUGUCCUUUCUUCUCAAAUGACCCAACCAACACUACUUGUUUUCUCUUUAUUUAUGCAUAUUACUCUCCUUUUACGUUUCAUCUCUACGGUUUAGAUUUAUUUUUAUUUUACUUGUCACCCAGGUCUCAUUACGCUUUUUUGUUCACUCUUUUAUAUAUCCUAUAUUGAUUGUCGAUUUUUUUCUGUCUUUGCUUGUUUUUGUUCCGUGAUCUUUUGUUCUCCCUUCUUUGUUUGCUGUUAGUGAUACUUAUGUUUUUCUUAGAAGUUUUAUUAUUCUACCUUGUCAACGAAUUUUACCUUUAACGAUGCUUUCUUUAUUUGGACGAAGCUUGAAGCGCUAGUUUUGGGCUAUAUUCUUGCUUUCCAAUUUUCUUUUUUUAUUAUAUAGAUAAAGCGCUAUGAGAACAUUUUAUUCGUAGCUGCUGGUUGCCUUUGGGUUUGUCUGUUUAUAUUUAUCAUGAGAUGAUGAACGAGAAAACUGGAUAUUAGAAAUGAUUUUAAUUAAUAUUCUUUACAACUUUACUCUGAAAAUGGUAGUAUCCCAC